AUGCUCCUUGGAGGCAAGAUAGCCAGACUUAGUCUCAUGCUUAAGACAUGUUGUCCGGAGAAGUUCCUGGAUUUUAACACAAUCAUUGAAAGAUUUCCCACAAUUGGUCAACUGUUGGCAAAAACUUCCUGGAAUCCUUUUAUCUUAGCAUAUGAUGAAAGCCAAAAAAUUCUUCUAUGGUGCUUAUGUUGUCUGAUUAACAAAGAACCUCAGAAUUCUGGUCAAUCAAAAUUUAACUCCUGGAUACGGACUUUGUUAUUGCAUAUACUUGCGGCACUCAGAUUUGAUAUAAAAGAAGUUGGCCUUUUUUGUCAAGGUCUUGGGUAUGCACCUGCAGAUUACUAUCCUGGUUUGCUUACAAAUAUGGUUUCAUCGUUAGUGACUGAACUCAGAGAGAAUCAUCUCCAUGGAUUUAACACUCCAAGGCGGAUGGCUUCUGAACGAGUCACAUCCCUGUCACGGGUUUGUGUCCCCCUUGUUACUCUUCCAGACUUUGAACCCCUGGUGGAGGCUCUGCUCAUCUACCCUGGACAUGAACCUCAGGAAAUCAUCUGUCCUGAGUUCUUUGAAGCUGUAAACGAGGCCCUUUUACUGAUGAAGAUUGCUCUCCCUACUGCGGCUGUAGUCUGCCUCUGGCUUCGCCAUCUUCCUAGCCUUGAGAAAGCAAUGCUGCAUCUUUUUGAAAAGCUGUUCUCCUGUGAGAGAAACUGCCUGCAGCGGACUGAAGUCUUCAUAAAAGAUUCAUUGCUGCCUCAAGCAGCCUGUCAUCCUGCCAUCUUCAGAAUCGUAGACGAGAUGUUCAGGUGUGUGUUCUUGGAAAGCGAUGGCUCCACAGAAGUACUGGCUGCUCUCCAGGUGUUCACACGAUGCUUUGUAGAAGCUCUGGAGAAAGAAAAUAAGCAGUGGAAGUUUGCACUCAAGACCUACUUUCCUUUUGCUUCUCCAUCCCUUGUCAUGGUACUCCUCCAACACCCUAAAGAUGUCCCACAGAGACUUUGGUGCCAGACAUUGAAGCACAUUUCUGAACUGCUCAGAGCAAUAGCUGAAGGCCAGACUGAUGGGUCCUGCGGAGGUGCCUUUGAGAGCUGGUUUUUGUUCAUGCACUUUGGUGAGUGGGCUGAUAUCGCGGUUGAGCAGUUACUGAUGUCAGAAGCUGACCCCCCAGAGGCCCUGCUGUGGCUCCUGGCAUUCUCCUUCAGCCCCCAUGAUGGGCAUCAGCAGAGAGCACAGAUCAUGGUAGAGGUGAAGGUCGUGGUUUGUCGCCUCAUGAAGCUGUUCAGGAGUCUAACCCUCUCCAGCCAGGACCUACAGGCAGCAGCUGGUGAGAGCCUGGAAGCCACCCCUAGACCGCUGGCAUGUCAGCAGCUGAUCAGGCGUCUCCUUCUGAGCUUCCUGCUCUGGGCUCCCGGAGGCCACACAGUCGCCUGGGAACUCAUCACCCUUAUAGCCCAAACUGAAGAGAGAACCCAUGAGGUUAUCGGCUUUCUUGACCAGACUUUCUAUAGAUGGGAUCAGCUGUGCAUCGAAGCCCCUACAUCCGGAAAAGUGGUCAGAGAACUCCUUACGGAGCUGCGGGCUCAAGUCGUGCCUAGCCGGGCAGAGCACGUGGGUCAGGCUCACCACAGUUGA